AUGUCAGAGAAAAAAAUCAACAUUCUUAUCGGAGCAACGGGGAGUGUUGCAAGUAUCAAAAUACCGAACCUGAUACAGUCUUUAUCAAAGUACGAAAAUGUCGAAAUCAAGGUGGUAUCUACGGAUAGGGCCCUACAUUUCUUUGAUCGAAGCUACAUAACAAAGGAAUUAGGGGUCGAGGUCAUAACUGACAAGGACGAGUGGGAGGCUUGGAGCAAAGUGUCAGACCCAGUUUUGCACAUUGAGUAUCGAAAUUGGGCUGAUAUUUUCGUCAUUGCUCCACUCGAUGCAAAUACUUUGGGAAAAAUUGCCAACGGACUAUGCGACAACCUAAUCACAUGUAUCUUGAGGGCAUGGAAUACGACACGCCCGGUGAUCGUAUGCCCAGCAAUGAAUACCUAUAUGUGGGAACAUCCAUUUACCCUAACUCACUUAAAGGUCUUGACGGAUCAGUUGGGGUUUCAGGCUAUCUCACCCGUGAGCAAGAAAUUGGCGUGUGGCGAUAUAGGUGUUGGUGCAAUGGCGGAAGUAACAACGAUUGUAGAAUUCAUGGCUCAAAAAUUAUCCUUAAAAUCUAAUUGA